AUGUUAAUACACUGCUGCCUGCUGUUAUCUAAGCUCCAGAAGAAGAAGACUGGAGGGGGACGGGACGGGGGACGGGAGGGGGACGGGACGGGGGACGGGAGGGGGACGGGAGGGGGACGGGAGGGAGACGGGACGGGGGACGGGAGGGGGACGGGAGGGGGACGGGACGGGGGACGGGAAGGGUGGACGGGAGGGGGACAGGAGGGGGACGGGAUGGGGGACGGGAGGGAGACGGGACGGGGGACGGGACGGGGGACGGGAGGGGGACGGGACGGGGGACGGGAGGGGGGACGGGGGACAGGGGACAGGGGACAGGGGACGGGACGGGAGGGGGGGGGACGGGAGGGUUGA